GCAAAGAGGUUCUCCUUCUGCAAGGCAUUUGCUGGACUCCUGAAAAACUAUUUUGAUUAACAUGGCAGAGAAGGAUUUCAUCAGUUGGCAUCUACUGGCUUUAUUUUUUCUUCCAUUUUGCCUGUGUCAAGAUGAAUACAUGGAGGUGAGCAGAAGAUCUUAUAAACCAGUGGCCAAAAUAUUGCAAAGUCACCACCAGACUGGUCACAAAGGUUCCAGAAGCAGGGAAAUAUUGAAACAGCGGAAUCAACUUAUAGAAUGGACUGUUGAUAAUAACACAUCUACAGACCAUAAAGUCCUGAGACCAGAGGUAGAUGAUGUAGAACUGACUACCUCAGAUAGAGUCCAGCCCCCCCAGCCUGGACCACAGAAUCCAGACUGCAGUUCCUGCUGCCGAGGUGACUUUGGAGUUCGACUCUACCAAGGGCCCCCAGGACCUCCUGGGCCCCCUGGGAUGCCAGGAAAUCAUGGAAACAAUGGAAAUAAUGGAGCAACUGGUCAGGAAGGAGCCAAAGGUGAGAAAGGAGACAAAGGAGAUAUGGGACCAAGAGGUGAGCGUGGCCAUCAUGGACCCAAAGGCGAGAAGGGUUACCCUGGGAUUCCCCCAGAGCUACAGGUCGCGUUCAUGGCUUCAAUGGCCACUCACUUCAGCAACCAGAACAGUGGGAUAAUCUUCAGUAGCGUUGAAACCAAUGUUGGGAAUUUUUUUGAUGUCAUGACUGGGAGAUUUGGUGCUCCAGUGAAUGGGGUGUAUUUCUUUACUUUCAAUAUGAUGAAGCAUGAAGAUGUGGAGGAAGUGUACGUGUACUUGAUGCAUAAUGGUAAUACAGUGUUCAGCUUAUAUAGCUAUGAAUCCAAAGGGAAAGCAGAUACUUCAGGAAACAGUGCAGUCCUAAAACUUGCCAAGGGAGAUGAAGUUUGGCUGCGAAUGGGAAAUGGAGCCCUCCAUGGGGACCAUCAACGCUUUUCCACCUUUGCUGGGUUUCUUCUUUUUGAAACGAAGUAAAAAAAGGAAACAACCCAAUAGAUUAUCUGAAGAAACAGCUUUUUUUUGG